AGCGGGGCCGGGGGCGGGCUGCGGAGGAGCCGCCGCUCGGGGGAGGGGGCAGCGCGGCCCCUAUAUCCGCCCCGCCCGGCGGCCGCCCCAGAACCCGCGGGGCCCGGCCCGAGCGCGACCCCCGCAGCCGGAGGGACCCCCACGCCGGCCGGACCUCCCCGGGACCCGCACCCGGCGGGACCCCCGAGCCCUGCGCGACCCCCGGGCCCCGCGGCGGCGGCUCCGGCCAUGGGCAGCGGGCGGGCGCUGUGCGCGCUGCUCGCCGCCGCCCUGCUGGCCGCGCAGGCCUUCCCCCAGACCAACAUCAAGAUCAGCCAAGCCAUGCCCGAGCCUGUCCAUGCCUACUCCUGCCCGCUCUUCUGGACGGAGUACGAAGGCCACUGCUACCGCUACUUCCCCAUCAACAAAACCUGGGCUGAAGCUGACCUCUACUGUGCCGAGUUCUCCAUUGGCAUCAGGUCAGCCAAGCUGGCCUCCAUCCACAGCUGGGAAGAAAACGUCUUUGUGUAUGACCUGGUGAACAGCCGCGUGCCCGGCAUCCCCACCGACAUCUGGACAGGACUCAACGACCUACGGCAGGAGGGUCACUUUGAGUGGACAGAUGGCUCCUCCUAUGACUACCACUACUGGGAUGGCAGCCAGCCAGACGAUGGGAUCCACUCCAUCCCCGAGGAGGAGGACUGCGUGCAGAUCUGGUACAGACACAGCAGCGCACUGCGCUCCUGGAAUGACAAUGCCUGUGGCAGAGCCUUCCCCUUCGUCUGCAAGAUCCCCUCACUGGCCCUGGACUGAGGCUGCUGGUGCUGCCCACACCCCCUUCAUUCUGGGUCACCUCUCCAGCUGUGCUGGGAUAGAGCAGUCAGGACACGGCAUGGGCUGGGAGAGCCGUGGAGCUGCUUGGAUCCCCAGCCAGCCCCUGGCUGCAGAAUCCCUGCUGGGAGGAUGGUGGGGAUGAGCCUGGCACUCAGCACUGAAAGGAGCUGCAUGCAACAGCAGAGGAGCCCCCAAGCCCGAGUCUGGCUUUGGAUUUCAGAUCAGCCAUCACAGUGUGUUAGAGGAAACCCGUGAUUUUACCAGUACACCAAACUGUUAGCACCCAAAAAUAGCCGUGUGUAGGAAAUGCUUUUGCCUGUUGAUCUACAAAGAGUGGAGGAAAAGCGUUAUUUUCUGUUAAGUUAUGCAAAAUGCCUCUUGUCCAUGUUAUUUUUCUCUCUGCUAAAAUAAACGGCAA